AUGACAAAUGUUGUGUGCGAUUCCUUCAACAAAUCCUGGGUUGCCUACAAGGAAUGCCGCUUGCGUGCCGUUAGUCGCAACAAAACUACACUAACAGCUUUAGUUUAUGUAAAGCAGCCAGCUUAUAAUAUACACAUUGGUUUCAAAAUGCUUAAGCGAGCAAAUGGCUACAAGCCAUGGCUAAUUGAUUUUAAAAUUGACGCUUGCAAGUUUCUGCGUACACGUUAUCAACCCGUAGCAAAAAUUAUUAUGAAUCUUAUUAAAGAUGUGUCAACCUUAAAUCACAGUUGUCCUUACAAGGGAGUUAACGGCAUCAAAGAUUUUUAUAACAUUGCUGGUUUACCAGUUGUUCUGCCCACUGGCGAUUAUCUAUUAGAGCUAACUUGGAUUUUCGAUAUGAAGCCGCAAUUUAUUACAAAUGUGUAUUUUACCUUUAUUGAAUGA